AUACUUUCUGAUAUUUGACCUUCAAGGUCAAGGCGGCUUUAUUAGGUUUUCAGGAUGACAAGGAGUUCACCUCAUCGGUUACAUAAAAAACAUCGCCAUAAGAAUCGCGAAAGGUCGCGUUCGCCUUUGGAUCAGAAUUAUGGACGAAACGCUACCAGACGUGAUGAUCAGUCACCUAGUGAUACCGGUGGCACAGGUGUUGAUAUUUCUCUUUCUGUUGCGGAAACAAAUGCUUUGAGGGCUAAGUUGGGUCUUGCUCCCCUGGAAACGGAUGGUGCCUCGAAAUCAGAACGAACGCUAGAUAAUCAAGCUGAUUGCUACGUUCACGCACCAGCUAAAGAUAUCAGAAAACUGAAGGAAUCAGAAGUAAUCAAAGAGAAGCUAAACGUAUUGAGGGAAAAAAGAUCGUUGUUAGACAAAAUUGGACAGGACAAACUCUCUAUCCCUUCUGCACAUGAGUCGGAUGUUCAAUCCUGGGUUGAGAAAAUGCGUGAAAAAGAACGGAUCCAAAAACAAGCCGAAGAGAGAGCGAAACUGUUGUCUGAGAUUGACGAUCAGUUGGCUAUUUCCGAGUUUGUGGAGUCAAGGUUGAAUCAAAAUGAUAAAAAAUACAAAUCCAACGAUUUGGCUGGUCUACGCGUUGAACACAGUUCAUCUCGUUUUGUCGACGGUCAAUCAGUCAUCUUGACAAUUAAAGAUUCAGGUGUUUUGGAUGAAUCUGAAGAUGUCCUAGUGAAUGUAAAUAUAAUCGAUGAUGAAAAAGCGGAUGUCAAUAGAGAAAACAUAAGAAAGACUACUGGUUUGGCUGGAAUCGAAGAUCAGGAGGAUGAAGAUGUACUUCUUGGUUUACGUUCUAAAGCUGUCCUAAGCAAGUAUGAUGCAGAGAUUAAUGGCAUUAAAAAAGAUCACUUUGUCAUCGAUUCUGACGGUGUUUAUAAUACAGAGAAUGAACGUUUGUUGAAGCAGUUACAAGCUGAACUAAAAGAAGGAAGACAAUCGUUACCUGAUACUGAACUUCGUAUAGCUUCUGAGUACUAUAGUACCGAAGAAAUGGCAGCAAAAUUCAAAAAGCGUAAACGUCGUAUUAAAACAAUUCGUCGACCGUUAACUGCUGAUGAACUUUUGAGUGAAUUACCAGAACAAUCAAGCUCUUCUGAUUUAGGAAGUCGUUCAGCAGCUAGAGAAAAUCGCUUGGAUAGUAGCAUCCCAUCUGUAAAUGAUACAUAUUCCGUGGAAGAAUUAUCUGCUCAGAUAAUAGAUGUGAAAGAUAAUUAUGAAGAUUGGUCAGAGAUAGAUCAUAACGAUGAACCCGAUGAAUUAAGAAGUGAAUUAGAGAAAACUAUUGGCCGAGUGAUACAGUCAAAGUCUCGGAUUAUCUCUAAACCAGAAGAAAUUACAUCACAACUCUUAGCAAAAAAUACAGCCACUCAUUCAUCUGAAUCCGCGUCACAAUCACUUGCAACUGAUACAGCGUCAAAUAGUAACAAAAAAGACAAUGUUGUAUUCGAUUCAACUGCAGAAUUUUAUAAGUCAAUUGGUAUUGGUUUUCAAGAAAGUAUGAAACGAAAUACUCGUUACAAUCAAUUCUUACAAAAUCAAUCUAGAUUCCAAAAUAAUGGUGAAACAGUUGAAACUAAUGAUGAUAAUAUAAGUUCACCACCGACAAGAUUACCAUAUAAAGAGGAAGAAGACGAAGAAAUGGAACAAAAACUCGAAUAUGAUUCAGAAGGUAGUUAUCGUAUGAAAAGUGAAGAUUAUGACGAUACAAAAUUGGAAACGUCAAGAGAUCGAUGGCAUACUGUAGGUAAUGAUAUUCUUGGGAAUUCCACUCGAAAUUUACCGAAACCGCCAGUCAAAAAAUCUGAACAGGAACAUUUUAAAGUAGAAAACACUGAUAUACAUGGAGUUUUAGAUGAUGAACCACGUUUAGAUUCAGGAGUAUUUUCAGCUAUUCGGUUGGCCGAGAAGAAAGGUUACAUUGAUAAAGAGAAAGAGAAACGAACUGGUUCAGGAACUAUGGUCAAUUUAAUGGCGAAACACUUUGUUCAAGAAGAUAUACGCUAUGAUGAUAUUGAUGCGAAAUUUUUCAAACGUGAUCGUUACUCCGGUCCAUUAUCAGAUUUUAAAGAGUUAACACAAUAUAAACCGGAUAUUAAAUUGGAAUAUGUUGAUGAGCUAGGACGUGAUUUAAGUGCUAAAGAAGCUUUUCGUCAAUUAAGUCAUAAAUUUCAUGGAAAGGGUUCCGGUAAGAAUAAAACGCAGAAACGUAUGAAAAAAAUUAAUGAAGAGUUUCUUCUUAAAGCCAGCACCAGUUCAGAUACUCCACUGGGAACAGUGAACAAAUUGAAUAAGAAACUCGAAGCCAUGUCAAUGCCUUAUGUUAUUUUAAGCGGGAAGAAUGCAGCUGUAAAGAAGCUGACGAAAUAAUUAAAUGCACUAGUGAUUCACAAUCUGGAUUUUAUAUCAUCAUAUUCCAUAAGUGAUAUCCCUGUUGUUGCCUGUCAUCGAUAAACUGGAUUAUUUGUACCGUGAAUCCUCCACUAACCAUUAUUUUCUUUCUUUGUUUUGAAUUGUUAUUUCUUGUGUACAGAUUUAAGCAAUUUUAAAAUAAAAACGCUAGUCUUGUA